UGUCAGUCUGUCAUAAACUCCUCAGUGACUGAAGCAAUAAUUAGUUUUAGACUGACGGGGAAGCAGCCUCUCUCAUCCAGCCGCUGUUCCCGACGCGCCACCAUGACGCACAUCGCUAAUCUCAUCGCUGUCAUUUUAACAUCCUCACUCCUGAGAUGGACACCUGCAGAAGCCUCGCUCUUCUGCACCUGGACCAAAGUUUUGCGAAACGGACAAGUGCACUACUUUUUUCUCCGGGGCGACCCCCUGCAGGCUCCUCCAUCUCUGCGGUUCUACCACAGCUCUUGGUCCGGGGAGCGCGCUCCGCUCAGCUGCGCUUGGAGCGAGGACGCAGCGGUGAUCCAGAACUAUUUGUCUCUGUGCCGCGAGCGCGGGCACGAGUUUCCCAAAGAUCCAGAUGAGAAUUUCGAUCCGGAAUCCAUAUUUGAGGCAGAUGAUCUGUGCGUCUCUAUGGCCUAUCCGGGGGUCGACGGGCGCACAGGGAAGAAGCUGGCGAGGAGCGUCGGUGGGCUCACCGCGGCCGGUUCAUCGACUGAGAAUCAGCAAGGUCAAGCUGAAAGGUCAGAGGUCAGGGCCCAUCAGCGUGUAAAGCGGGGUUUCAUUGUACCAGGGACUCUCUGGUGCGGCUCUGGCAACAAGGCGCCAUCAUAUGCAGAUUUGGGAGUUUUUGCGGACACAGACAGCUGCUGCCGUGAACACGACCAGUGCAAACACACCAUCCUGUCCUUUCAGUCAGAGUUUGGUGUCUUCAACAGCAACAUCUUUACCAUGUCUCACUGCGACUGCGACAACAAGUUUCGCAAUUGUCUGAUGGAAUCGAAUGACAGCAUAGCUGAUGUCGUGGGAUACACCUUCUUUAACCUGCUGAAGAUGCACUGCUUUGAGUUCUCCCACCGACUCCAGUGCGCAGAGAGGAACUGGUUUGGAAUGUGUAAAGAGACUAAAAUGGCUCUGUAUGCGGAGGUCUAUGCACCCACACAGUACGAGUCCGAGGUCAGCAUGAACAGCACCAGCUUCAUCAUAAACACAACCGUACCCACAGAGGUACUGGAGAGCAGCACAUCACAGCCACAGCUCUUCUCCAUCACUGCUGCAGCAUCCACAGUCCCUACACCCUCAGCCUCCAUCACCCCUGUUAGCAGUGUUACCACCUCCUCAGUCUCCAGCACAUCAGAGGGACCUACAGGUACGGCACCUGAGAGCGGAGACCGUCUGGAGAACACUUUACCCACCAAAAACCAGACUCUGCCUCAGCUGGAUGCUGAUAUCACAGACGAGCAGCUGUCAUGUGCUGUCUACAAAGAUCUUGACGCAUGCAGGAACAAGAUCCUUCCCCAGCAGAGGAGAUACGGCCUCCACAACCCGGAGGCCACGACGCUGUACCACUGCAACUGUACCACCAGGUUAUUCAAGACUUUGGCUACACAGAGACAACUGACUGAAGUACAGGCUCUUCUGCUCGGACAUGUGUCUCAAUCCUGCUUCCUGCCACAGGACUGCACAGCAGGCAAAAUCUGUACAGCAGUUCUGGUGAAAGCGGAGCUUCCUCAGCUGGACCAGAGGAGCGGUGCAGACGUGGAGGAGCAGCGCCAUCUACAGGCAAUGCAACUGAAGGUCAGGAGGCCAAACGCCAGGAGAGCGAAGAGAAAAGACAGAGCUGUCAGGCUUCACAAACUGUGUCUCAGGAUGGUCCGACCCAGACGCAACAAGACCAGGAAACAGGGUAAAGACGGACAACAGACGGCUGUUAGACGAAGAGAGCUUGUCCAAAUGUGAAUAUUAUGGAAAGUCAAAGGGUUCAAUAUUAGUGAGAUAGAUAAGACAUCAUGGAAUAAACAGUCGUAUGAAUAAAUACAGACAGUUUCAGUUUAUUUCAGGAUAUUUUCAAUUAAUUCCAGCACUCAAAAGUCUGUUUUUAUUCUUCUUUCCAUCAUUAUGUCACUUUUCAUCACACAAGUAAACAGUUAUGAGGAACAGAUUGAUCAUUUUUUAUUUGAUCUGACUAAAUGUAUUGAUAGAUGAACGAGCAAACUCUUAUUUACAAGAUGUAAAACUUAAAAAAACAGACUUUGGAAAAAUGUUACAAAUAGAAUAAAUAAAAACUGCUGGAAUGGAAAAAUAAUAAUAAUUACCUGAAAUAAACUAAAAGAAAGAAUCACAAUUUCAUGUUUAUAUACCAUGUUUUUGCAUUUAUAUGAAUAUUUACUUAUAAUACCUAUAUAUAUAUAUAUAUAUAUAUAUAUAUAUCUUAUUUAUAGUUAUUAAUACUGAAUGCUACGGUUCCCGGUUAAAUAUUACAGUAUUAUGUAUACAUAUUGUCCACAGUGUGAUGUAGUGGAACUCAGUUUGGACCAAAUUUACCCACUUUUUUCGGGAUAAAAAACAAAUUCCUCACAUAUAACAAACCUUUUUCCUGGCAGAUGUUUUGACUUUGGGUGUAACUAAUAACUUUAAUGGCGACUGCAUUUCAUUCAGGUGUGUCAGUUCAGGAGCCCUGCUAUUAUGCAUGCUGGCUCACUGGGAUACUGGGACACUGAAGGCAUCAUCAGAGUGAUUGGUUUUUAAAUAAAAAAGAAAAAGCUAAUGACCAAAUACCUGCAAACUAA